UUCCCAUGUCGGUUUGACAUAUACUACUGUCUAAUUUCGGUGCUUUCUUUCCUUCCGACAUCUUGAACUACGCUGAACACGCGUUUCUCUGGUGUAGAGAAAAUAAAUUCACGAUGAAACUGAACAAGAAUGUUUCCUCCUCGCGACGCAAGAGCCGCAAGCGCCAUUUCCAGGCCCCGUCACACAUCCGUAGGAAGCUGAUGUCCGCUCCUCUAUCUAAGGAAUUGAAGCAGAAAUACACCGUUCGUUCCAUGCCAAUCCGUAAAGACGACGAAGUGCAGGUCGUUCGUGGUCACUACAAGGGCAACCAAGUUGGCAAGGUAGUUCAGGUGUAUCGAAAGAAGUUCGUCGUGUACAUUGAGCGAAUUCAGCGUGAGAAGGCCAACGGUACCAAUGUGUACGUUGGCGUACACCCAUCAAAGUGCUUGAUCGUUAAGCUCAAGAUGGACAAGGAUCGUAAGAAGAUCCUCGAUCGUCGUGCCGUUGGACGUCGGGCAGCGCUUGCCAAGGACAAGGGCAAGUACACCGAAGAGACGGCUGCUGCUGCAUCCGCGAUGGAGACUAGCUCAUAAAUCCUUUGCCCUUAUUGAACCUGAUCGUCGUGUUUUUGAACAAUGCAAUGGGAGUGAACUUGUUGACCGUUCAUGUUGCAUUAUAAAAAUAAACAAAAAUCCAAUAAACUAAGAGGAAAACUUA